GCCGCAUGUCUGGCUUGUCGAAAGCGUAAAUCCAAAUGUAAUGGCGAUCGUCCUAGCUGCAAAAUCUGCACCGACAGAGCCACCGAGUGUGAAUACACCGUGAAUCCAGGACAAAGCCAAAGACAAGCGAUGAAUAAGCAAUUGGAAGCUUACAAAUAUGUACUCGAUCGUUUACGACAAGGCAGUGUGUCUGAAUGCCGAGAUUUGCUGCUUUCGCUAAAGAGUCAUGGCUCGGUGGCUGAGGCUGUGGAGUAUAUUAAUGGUGAUCGUUGGAUGAGAGAAGGUGUG